UAUUUUUUCAAUAUAUGAAUAAGUUUAAUAGUUUAAAAAAUCUUUCUAUAAUAGAGGCAGUGUAUCGGUGGGAUGCGCGCCGCCCUGAAGAGAUUUUUCAGACAGGAUUUACUCCGCGGCCUCAAGGUUCGACUCGAGUGAAAGAUUACUACAACUUACAACUGUUUGUAAAUCGUGGAGGAAGCCCCGGAGACACCUCACAUGCUGAUAGUUCAGUGUUUGUUAGCACGACGAGAUUACGUUCGUGGCGACCAAUGGUCCCAGUAACUUGCAUUCUUUAUUGGUAUCAGAUAUAUGCCCCGGGGGGAAUCGACGCGGUGAUAACCCUAGGCGUGCACAAUGAAUUUCCUAAUCAGCUGGAAAUUUCUUUUGCGGGUGGCAUUAGACCUCAAUAUAUUCGAUUUGCAAGUCCAUAUACAGUUAAUGUAGAGCCCGGUGAGCGAUUUCCACGUUGUAAUAGACUGGGGAAUGACGUUUACAUUAAUGUUGGCUUCAAUCCGAAUCCAACUUUGAACGGGCGGACCACUCCGGUUUUGGGGAACUGUCUCAGAAAUCCAACAUGUCCUGGGAGAGGGCAGAAUCUGAUAAGAAUUGGCUCUGCGCGAUAUGCUGUAAAGAGAGAUGUAGAGGAUUAUGUCGACCCAGUUUGCAGUGUGGGACAUUACAUCAAUAGUGCAUUCAACUUCCCCGACACAGAAGAGGCGUACCUGUUCAUUGCUGACCAGUGCCUGCUAAUCAACUAUGCUCCCGGCACCACCGAUGACUACAUUAUUAAGGGACCCCUGAGCAUCGGUGAUGCCUUUACCUGCUUGAAGGAUACUAUUUUUGCUAAUGGGAUUGACGCUGCAUUUACUGCUUCCUCAAUAAAUGAGGCGUAUAUAUUUAGAAGUAAUAUAUAUGCAGUCAUCAGCUUUGCAGAAGAUGGUGGCUCCAUUAUCCAAGGACCCAAGAAGAUCAUUGAUAGCUUCUACUCUUUGAAGAAAACUAUUUUUGGAAAUGGUAUUGAUGAGGUAUAUAUAUUUAAAGGUGAUCAGUACGCGCUUAUUAAUUUUGCACUGGACACAACAAAUGACUACAUAAUUCAGGGACCCAAGAAGAUUACUGAGAGUUUUCCCUCUUUAAACAUUGAUGAAUUUAAGAAUGAUUUGUAUGUUGAAAGUUCUUGUAAUGGGAGUUUGCCGCCACUAGUCUAAGUGUGCAUUUUGAGGACAACCAUGGGUGUUGAAGCCUUAAUUCAACACAUCAAAUGAAGGUGAAAAUUUAAACCUGAUCUUCAUAGGAGGAGGUCGAAGUCAAAGGGAUUCAUAGUCCAACCAUAGAUGGAAUUAAGGUUUUGAAUAACCUCAUGUCUAAAAAGAUCUAGCAAAUGUAGUAAAGUUUGAAACCACCCACGAAUGGUGAAGUCCUCAAUUUGCGAGGAAGCCCAAUCAUGGUCUUUGAAGAGGCCAUGGUGUUUUCUAUCGAAAAAAGGAGAGAAGCCUUGAACGACAGGAGAGAAGCUUUGUGUCUUUGGGAAGAAAUAUACACAGAAGUUUAAAUCAAGUAGUCAUACAAAUUGUAAAGGUGUUCUAGACUAUGUCCGUUCAGAUGUUUGGGGUCCAUCCCCUAUAUUUUCUUUUGGAGGAGCAUCAUAUUUUGUGAGAUUUAUAGAUAACUACUCCAGAAAGGUAUGUGCCUAUUCUAUUAAAAGAAAAGUUGAUGUGUUUGAUGAAUUCAUGCAAUUUAGAGUUUUGGUUGAAAAGAGUACUGAUAGAUCAAUCAAGUGUUUAAGAACAUAUAAUGGAGGUGAGUUCACAUGUUUUGAGUUUGAAAAUUGUUGCAAGGAAGCUGGGAUCAUAAGGCAUAAAACCACAGUUUACACUCCUCAACAAAAUGAUAUUGAACACAUGAGUAGGACUCUUCUAGAGAGAUUAAGGAUCAUACUCAGUAAUGCCAAAUUGUAGCAAGAGUUGUGGGUUGAAGUACUCAAUACAACAUGCUAUCUCGGUAAAUCAGUCACCAUCUGUUGCAAGAGAUUGUAAGAUUAUUGAAGAGGUAUGGACAGGCCAUUCAUAUGAUUAUUCAAAUCUGAAAAUUUUUGGUUGUGAUUCUUAUGCUAUUGUUUAUAAAGAUCAACAUUCAAAAUUAUAUCCUAAAUCCAAGAAAUACUCCUUUGAUGGUUAUGGUGAUGAUGUUAAGGGAUAUAGAUUGUGGGAUCCUACUGCUCACAAAAUCAUCAUUAUCAGAGAUGUAAUAUUUGAUGAAUCUUCUUUAACAAAAUCAGACAUUGUAAAAAAUGAUUUGGAAUAGGAACAAGUGCCCCAAUAUCAACAAGUUCAAUUGGAGACUCAUCCAUGUACAAAAUAGAUGGAGUGGGAAAAACCUUCUGAAGAAGAAGGUGCAAAUUUAGAAGACAUACAGGAAAGUGUGGAAACACCACAACCAUCUAUAAUAUUAGAAAUCCUCCUAAAAGGUAUGAUGAUUUUGUUUCAUCAAUUGCUUUGAUAUCUAGUGAUGAGGAACCAAGUUGUUAUCAAGAAGCAGUGAAUGACACUGAAAAUUCCAAAUGAAAAAUAGCUUGAUGAAAGAAGAAAUGGAUGGCUUGGAGAAGAAUAAGACAUGUGAAUUGGUGGAACUUUCAAAGGGUAGGAAAGUUGUUUGUUGCAAGUGGGUCUACAAACUGAAAAAGGGUGUUGAUGAUAAAAUUGUAAGGUACAAAGCAAGGCUGGUAGCAAAAGGAUAUUCUCAUAAAGAAGGUAUUGAUUUUCAUGAGGUUUUUUCACCAGUUGUUAGCUUUUUUUUUAUUCAGGUUGUAUUAGCAUUAGUUGCAUUACUUGACCUUGAGUUAGAACAACUAGAUGUUAAAACGAUAUUUUUUACUUGGAGAUUUGGAUGAGGAGAUAUAUAUGGAACAAUCGGAAGUGUUUGUUCAAGAUCACAACAACCAAAAUUGUUUGCAAACUCAAGAAGUCAUGGUAUGGCCUAAAGUAGUCACCCAGGCAGUGGUACAUUAAGCUUGAUUCCUUCAUGGUGAACUAAGACUUUGUAAGAAGUGAGUAUGACCAUUGUGUUUACUUUAAAAGUUUGGAAAAUGGCUCAUUCAUUAUCUUGGUGUUAUAUGUUGAUGAUAUGCUUGUAACAAGUAAAAGCAUGGAUGAAAUCAAUAUGUUAAAGGCUUAGUUGGCUAGGACAUUUGAUAUAAAGGAUCUAGGACCAGCAAAAAAAAUUUUGACAUAGAGAUACCUAGAGAUAGGGAACAUGAUAAGCUUUGGUUAUCACAACAAAAAUAUGUGGAGAAGAUCCUCAUAAGAUUCGGUAUGCAAGAUGUGAACUUGUAAAUAUCCCUUUGUCUUCCCAUUUUAAGCUUUCUUCAAGUUUAUGUCCUAGUACUAAGGAUGAAAAUGAUUAUAUGUCUCAUGUACCAUAUGCUAAUGCAGUUGGAAGUUUAAUGUAUGCGAUGGUAUGCACAAGACCAGAUAUUUCACAUGCAAUGGGUGUUGUUUGUAGAUACAUGGCAAAUCCGAGUAAAGAGCAUUGGGCAGUAGUGAAAUGCAUGCUUUGGUAUCUCAGAGGCACAAGUGAUUAUUAUAUCAUAUAUGAUGGUUGCAACAAUUCAGUGUGUGGUUAUGUUAUUAUAAUUUUGCAAGUGAUUUGGACAAAAGGAGAUCGACAUUAGGUUAUAUCUUUACUAUUGUAGGUGGAGCUAUUUGUUGGAUGUCAAAGCUUCAAGAAACAAUUGCUUUAUCUAUAACCGAGGUAUAGUAUAUGGUUGUCUCACAUGCAUGUAAAGAGACAAUUUGGUUGAAGGGCUUUUUGGGUGAGCUUGGAAAAGUAUAGGAGAAAGUAAUUGUAUUAUGUGAUAGUCAAAGUGCUAUUCAUUUGGCUAAAAUUCCAAUGUAUCACAGUAGAACCAAGCGUAUUGAAACUAAUUACCAUUUUGUAAGACAAGUUAUUGAUGGAGGUGGAGUAAUCCUUGAGAAAGUUCAUACACCUAAAAAUUGUGUAGACAUGUUUACUAAACCGGUACUGGUAGAGAAGCUAAAAUGGACAGUGGCCUCUCUUGGCUUGUAAAA